AGGAUGGGGUAGCGGGUGGGGAGGGAAGGGAAGAGUGGGGGGAGAAGCGAUCGCGAGAAAAAAAAAAUGCAACCUCCCAAAAUAAAGAGCAAAGACUGCAUUAGGAGCGAACAGCGCUGCAGAAAUAGAUGGCAGCUUCGUGUCAGUGAGUUUGCAUCCCCCUUCCUGAUCCACGAGCUGGAGUGAUUAGAGCCCUGGAAGGGGAUUGUUACUCCCGUGGAGAAGUCCCUUUUCCUGGCAGCCGUCUGCACUGUACACGCUGGACGCCUCUCUCCAUCCACCCCACUCAGUCUCUCCUCUUUCACCUCCUCUUCUCCCUCUCUCCUGCAUUGAUUUUUUUUUCUCUCCUUUUUAGUUGACUGAAACAAAACAAAACAAAAGGGCCACUGGAUGUCUGCCUUCUUGGGGGGUGAGCCAGACAGACUGACAAACAAACAGACCCAACUGUGUUCGGGGGAGGGUUUCUCCUCCCGUUUUGCCCGGCAGCAGCAGCAUGGACGUGUUGGCUAGUUAUAGUAUAUUCCAGGAGCUACAACUUGUCCACGACACCGGCUACUUCUCAGCUUUGCCAUCCCUGGAGGAGACCUGGCAGCAGACAUGCCUUGAAUUGGAACGCUACCUACAGACGGAGCCCAGGAGGAUCUCAGAGACCUUUGGUGAGGACUUGGACUGUUUCCUCCACGCUUCUCCUCCCCCGUGCAUUGAAGAAAGCUUCCGGCGCUUAGACCCCCUGCUGCUGCCUGUGGAAGCGACCAUCUGUGAGAAGAGCUCCACAGUGGACAUUUUGCUCUCUCGGGACAAGUUGCUAUCUGAGACCUGCCUCAGCCUCCAGCCAACCAGCUCUUCUCUAGACAGCUACACAGCCGUCAACCAGGCCCAGCUCAACGCAGUGACCUCAUUAACGCCUCCAUCAUCCCCUGAGCUUAGCCGCCAUCUGGUCAAAACCUCACAGACUCUCUCAGCCGUGGAUGGCACGGUGACGUUGAAACUGGUAGCCAAGAAGGCUGCACUCAGCUCAGUAAAGGUGGGAGGGGUGGCAACAGCAGCAGCAGCCGUGGCGGCAGCUGGGACAGUUAAGAGCGGACAGAGCGACAGUGAACAAGGAGGGGCGGGGGCUGAGGCAUGCCCCGAAAACAAGAAGAGGGUUCACCGCUGUCAGUUUAACGGGUGCCGGAAAGUUUAUACAAAAAGCUCCCACUUAAAGGCCCACCAGAGGACUCACACAGGUGAGAAGCCUUACAAGUGCUCGUGGGAAGGCUGUGAGUGGCGUUUUGCACGAAGCGAUGAACUCACGAGGCACUACAGGAAACACACAGGUGCAAAGCCCUUUAAAUGCAACCACUGCGACAGGUGUUUUUCCAGGUCUGAUCACCUUGCCCUCCAUAUGAAGAGACAUAUCUAAAAACCUAAAGGCCAGAGUUGCCAUGGCAUCGGCUGUUGUCUGAAGGAAAUGCCGUGAGGCGGGGGCUGGACUUCAGGCGGGGACCCAUUGCCUCGCAGAAGAAAGUUCUCACUUAUAAACCUCUGUUUAUACACACACACUCUCACACAAAGACACACGCACAUUCACACUGUCAUGCACUCAACUAUAUUUAAAAUAUAUACGUCUAUUCUUUAUGCCUUGCCCUAGCCAGAUGGUAGAAGACAAAGAAGGAAACCAGGUGAACUCAGCAAGGCAGACUGGCUGCUUACUUCAGCACUAUUGGAAUUAUUUCCCGCUGUUGCCAGUGGAAAUCAAAGGAAAUGGAUAUGACGUCUCUGCAGGUGGACGGCAGUAAGAGGGGCUUAUUUAACUUGCUUCUCAGUGCAACUGGAUAGGAGAAUACAACGUCUUAAAGUUGCAUACGUGUAGCACUAACGUUUCUUUUUAAAUAGUUGGGGGAAAAUGACCUAGAAAACCAAAUUGCAGUUUGGUAGCCAAAAUUAACUCUUGGUUUAUUUGUCCUUUGUGUGUGAAAAGUCCUACUAUUUCGUGCGUCAGACUUCCUCACAGAACUCUUGAUCGGUUUUGGUUCUUCUUAGCACUAUUGAGAUCUUUCGAGUCAAUACCAACGGCCUUAGCGGCGGCAGACUCUGGAAUGACACCUUACACCUUUCUGGCCUGCAUUUCUCUAGACUUCACUCUCAAGGGAGGAGUUUCCUUUUCUUACUUUUUUGACUCUUGCACACCAUAUGCACUAGGGAUUCUGGAAACUUCUAGCAUGACUGCAAAGUGGCCAAGAGAAUAAAGUCCUUGAUAAAUCACAGUAUAUCCCUUGAGCCUCACCUUAUUGCCAGUGCUAGAUUUUUUCUUUUUAAUCUCUCUGUUUUUGCUAAUGAAAACUUGAAAAGCUUAUUUGGAAGCUUAAAUGUUUUAUCUUUUCUCCAUGGACUAAUCCUCUCCAGGACUAACUCGGCACCUGGAUGCCCAGCUCUCGAAGCAGCCAAUCAGAUGGGACAUCACAGUUCUCUCAUCCUCCUUGAGGCAUGAUGACCUCAGCUCAUAGUGAUCAACCACUGUGUUGUGUGUCAUUGCUACCCUAUAACUAGUUACAGCAUAGAUGUCGCUAGUCUCAAAGGGCAGCUGCAUAUUUAACUUAACUUUGGGUUAUGACCUGACAAAAGCCAAAAAUAUCACUCUUUCCAGGAGUGGGGAAAACUGAGGAUGCCUCCCAAGUCUAGGGGCUUCACAAAACAUCAUCCUAUCUUCCUCUCUCAUACCCACUGAGCUCAUAUUACCCCACUUGUUAAAAUGCACAUCUCAAAAUGCCAUGGUGGGAACGAAGGGUUGACGUCUAAGGAAAGGGUUGAGGUGUUUCUCUCAUGGUCUGUCUAAAAGGAGAGACAUAUUUCUAAAUUUUUUGGCUAGGUCCACCAUGACUUGUGACUUAAAACACCCAGAAUCAACAGAGGCCUCACAUUUACUCGGCAAGCUUACUCCAAGGGGGUUGACAUUCCUCACUUUUCAUCCCACACACACCCGCCCAAUAUCGGUAUCUAUCUACCCGCAUUCUUAGCUAGCUGGCACUGGCCUCAACUCCAAAGACUGCCUUUAGGACCAUUAAAUGGCCUAUGCAAGCAAGCGGGGUGGUUAUUAGGACAGAUUGUAUAUUUUCUAUAUUCUGGGACCAUCCCUUCAAGACACGUCUAAAAAUCAAAAAUGGCGUUUGGUCCACACAUGGUUGCUGCUCCUUCAUACCAGCUGGCUCCCCUCCUGCCCUCCUUUGACUGUUUGACUGUUAAAAUGCCAUACAUAUUUGGGAUGCAAAACAGAAGUCUUUAAAAGGAAACCAUGAUAUAAGGAACACAAACCCAUAUAUGACAGCAACCUUCAAGAUCCUUGGCAUUUGGUUUUUCGGCUUUCUGCAAACUUUGGUUUCUCUGAAAUGUUGAAACUACUCGUCUGAGGGUAAAGGAGCCUCUUUAUCACAAAUGCUGUAGCUGCCAAUCGGACACUUGGGGCGUUUUGAGGUCUGGCCCUUAGAAUUUUCUUUCUCUGUUUUCUUUUGUCAAUUU